AUGUCAUCGAAUGGCCUGGUCAGCCUUCUCAUAUUGAAUGGAGGUGCAUCGACCACCCUCAGAUCUUUAGAGCGAGACGAGGAGGACUUCAACAGAAGCUACGGCACGGGAGGCUACGAGAAGCUUUUGCGCUCUUCCAGAAUCAGUGCUCACACUGACGGCAGUAGAGACUUGGUCGAGCGAGCGCCUCGCACUGAUGACAAGGUUGACUGGGAAUACGACGUGUCAUACAGGAAGAGGCAUUUCCCACCGUGGCAACAUUGGAAAUUGGAGUUACAAGAGCGGUCUCCGGAAAGACUGACACUCCUAAUCUUCGCCCUGAUCGGUCUGGCCCUGGCUGGGGGGCACUACGGUGGCAGUGGUGGUUACAGUUCCGGCCACUCUGGCUACGGAGGAGGUUACGGCAAGGGUCAAGGCGGUAGUGGCUACGGCGGAGGUCACGGCGGAUAUGGUGCAGGUUAUACCAUGCCGCACGGCGGACACUACGGCGGCGGCCUCGGCAAGGGUCACGGUGGAUACCAGCCCAGCUACGGACAUGGUGGUCAUGGCGGCGGGAAGAACUACGGCGGUGGUGGAUACGGCGGUGGCCAUCACGGAGGAUAUGGCCAUGGUCACUACUGA